GAAGAAAGCCAGACCGUGUCUUAAGGGUUCGGCCAGCACAACACAAAUGCAGCGGUGAGGAGCGCCUGGUGGGCUUUCUUUCGAGGAUUCUCAGUGGACCCACAAUUCAAAAUCUGCUUGUAAAAGGAAAAGAAAAUAGGGGAAAAAAAAAAAAAAAAACUCCAUAGGCUCAUUCGUGAAUGCGGAUAUAACUGUUGCACCUUAACACAGAAAUGGCCCACUGAAACUCAGAGGGGAGGAAAUCGUACAAUAAGCUCUCAGGAGGAGCACUGUGUCACCCCUCACACAAAGAAAAUCUUUCAUCAUGACAUCCUGGUGGCUGGUAUUGGUGUUCGCUCUCCUGCAGGCCGGUCGCAACGGAGCCUUCCCCAUGGGGUCCACCGAGGCGCCACCCGAGACGGGCAGCUUCCGGGUCACGGACACCAGUCUGACUCAUCUAACCGUGCACCGGAAAACCGGAGAGGUCUUUGUGGGUGCGGUGAACCGUAUCUACAAACUUUCGGCCAACCUGACAGAGCUGCGCUCGCACAUGACCGGCCCUGUAGAGGAUAACUCCAAAUGCUACCCCCCACCGAGCGUGCGGGCCUGCACCCACAAGCUCGAAUCCUCUGACAAUGUCAACAAGUUGCUCUUGGUGGACUAUGCCGGUAACCGCCUGGUGGCCUGCGGGAGCAUCUGGCAGGGUGUGUGUCAGUUCUUGCGGCUGGAGGACCUCUUCAAACUGGGGGAACCGCACCAUCGCAAGGAGCACUACCUCUCUGGGGCCAAGGAGGCUGACGGCAUGGCGGGAGUAGUGGUGGGAGAGGAAGACACGACUGGGACGGAGGGCAAGAAGAAGAAGAAAGGAGGCAGCCGGCUGUUCAUAGGGGCUGCCAUUGAUGGAAAGUCCGAAUAUUUUCCAACCUUGUCCAGCCGUAAGCUGGUGGCGGAUGAGGAGAGCGUCAAUAUGUUCAGCUUGGUUUACCAGGAUGAGUUUGUGUCCUCCCAGAUCAAAAUCCCGUCAGACACCCUCUCUCUGUACCCAGCAUUUGACAUAUACUAUGUGUACGGGUUCUCCAGUCGCACAUACAUCUACUUCUUGACCCUGCAGCUAGAUACACAGCUCACCCAGAUGGACGCCACCGGGGAGAAAUUCUUCACCUCCAAGAUUGUGCGCAUGUGUGCUGAUGAUACAGAGUUCUACUCCUAUGUGGAGUUCCCCCUGGGCUGCACCAAAGAUGGCGUGGAGUACCGGCUGGUUCAGGCUGCAUACAAGCACCGGCCAGGGAAGCUGUUGGCUCAAGCCCUGGGCUUGUCGGAGGAGGAUGAUGUCCUCUUUGUGGUCUUCUCUCAGGGCCAGAAAAACCGGGCCAACCCACCCCGUGAGACAGUGCUGUGCCUCUUCACCUUGCGUCAGGUCAACUUGGCCAUGAGGGAGAGGAUCAAGUCUUGCUACCGUGGUGAAGGCAAGCUGUCUCUGCCAUGGCUGCUCAACAAAGAGCUGCUCUGCAUCAACACUCCCAAGCAAAUUGGCGACGAUUUCUGUGGGCUGGUGCUAAACCAGCCUCUAGGGGGGCUGCGGGUCAUCGAAGGGACACCCCUUUUUGACGAGCGCAUGGACGGCAUGGCCUCGGUGGCGGCAUACACCUACGGGGACCACUCGGUGGUGUUUGUGGGGACUCGCAGCGGACACCUCAAGAAGAUCCGAGUGGAUGGCAUUCCUCCACCGUCCCAGAAUGCCCUGCUGUAUGAAACCGUGUCUGUUGUCGAGGGCAGCCCCAUACUGCGCGACAUGGUCUUCAGUCCAGAUUACCAGUACAUCUACCUUCUGAGCGACAAGCAGGUGAGCAGAGUGCCAGUGGAGGACUGUGGGCAGUACAGUACAUGCAGCGCUUGCAUUGGCUCCGGGGACCCCCACUGUGGCUGGUGUGUCCUCCACAGCAAGUGCUCCAGGCGGGAUGCUUGCGAGAAGUGGAAUGAGCCUAUGCAUUUCAACGUUGAGCUUGACCAAUGCGUUAACAUUAGCGUCACACCCAACAACAUGUCGGUGACUUCUCCCUCCAUUCAGCUGAAUGUGAAGGUGCUCAAUGCGCCCAGCCUUUCCAUGGGGGUUACCUGCGUGUUCGAGGAGCUUACGGAGAGCCCCGGGGAGGUGCUGGCCAAAGGCCAGAUCCUGUGCAUGUCCCCAUCCCUGCGGGACGUUCCGUCCAUCACUCAGGGAUAUGGGGACAAACGGGUGGUGAAGCUCUCCCUCAAGUCCAAGGAGACAGGGCACAAGUUCAUCACCACAGAUUUUGUCUUCUACAAUUGCAGCGUCCUACAGUCGUGCCUGUCCUGUGUGAAGAGCCCUUUCCCGUGUAACUGGUGUAAAUACCGGCACAUCUGCACCAACAACCUGGCCGAGUGCUCCUUCCACGAGGGACGUGUGAGCAACGUGGAGGGGUGUCCGCAAAUCCUGCCCAUCAACGACAUCCUAGUGCCGGCGGGAGUGAUUCGCCCAAUCACGCUGCGUGCCCGCAACCUUCCUCAGCCGCAGUCGGGACAGAAGAACUACGAGUGCGUCUUCAACAUCCAGGGCAAAGUGCAGCGUAUCCCAGCUGUACGCUUCAACAGUUCCUGCAUCCAGUGCCAGAACACAUCGUACUGGUAUGACGGAGAUGACGUGGGAGACCUGCCUGUGGAUUUCUCUAUUGUCUGGGAUGGAGAUUUCUUCAUCGACAAGCCAGCCACCAUGAAAGCCCUGCUAUACAAGUGCGAGGCUCAAAGGGACAGCUGCGGCCUGUGUCUGAAGGCUGACAGCGCAUUCAGCUGCGGCUGGUGCCUGGCUGACAAGAAGUGCCUCCUUCGCCAGCACUGCCACGCCCCCGAGCAGAACUGGAUGCACCAGGGCCGGCGCAGCGUCCGCUGCAGCCACCCUCGCAUCACCAAGAUUUGGCCUCUCACUGGGCCCAAGGAGGGGGGCACCCGGGUCACGAUGGAGGGAGAGAACCUGGGUCUGCAGGUGCGGGAGAUCACCCACGUGCGUGUCGCAGGUGUCCGCUGCAAUCCAGUGCCCUCCGAGUACAUCAGCGCUGAGAGAAUCGUGUGUGACAUGGAGGAGUCGCUCAUGAGCAACCCCCCGGGAGGCCCCGUGGAGCUCUGCAUCGGAGACUGUAGCGCCGAGUACCGCACCCAGUCCACGCAGACCUACUCCUUUGUGGUUCCCAGCUUCAGCAGGGUCCACCCAGAGAAAGGGCCCGUGUCCGGGGGCACAAGGCUCACUAUCCUGGGGAAGAAUCUGGGUGCUGGAAGUACAGUGACUGUGUUCCUUGGCCAGGGAGAGUGUCUGUUCGUCAGGAGAAGCAACCAAGAUAUCGUUUGCGUGACCCCGACAUCUGCGUCCGGGGCCGGCUUCUCCCCCAUCCGGCUGUACAUCGACAAGGCGGAGAUCACCAGUGCUGACACCCGGUACCUCUACAUGGAGGACCCCACGGUGGGCAGCAUCGAGCCCAACUGGAGCAUCAUCAAUGGGAGCACACCAAUCACAGUUACCGGCAGCAACCUGCUCACCAUUCAAGAACCCAAAGUCCGAGCGAAAUACGGAGGUGUGGAGACCAUCAAUGUGUGCACGGUUGUGAACGACUCUGUAAUGACGUGUCUGGCUCCUGGAAUAGUAUACACCAAGAGGCAGGCCCCUGAGUCUGGCCUGCACCCAGACGAGUUUGGCUUCAUCCUUGACCAUGUGACCGCUUUGCUCAGUCUCAACGGGACUCCAUUCACCUACUACCCCAAUCCCACGUUUGACUCACUGGGCAGCUCUGGGAUACUGGAGGUGAAGCCAGGAUCCCCCAUCAUCCUAAAAGGAAAAAAUCUGAUACCGUCAGCUCCAGGGAACGCCCGACUCAAUUACAGCGUGUUGAUUGGAGAAACGCCAUGCCUCUUAACCGUCUCUGAGUCCCAGCUGCUCUGCGAUUCGCCAGAUCUCACAGGGGAGCAGCGAGUCCUGAUCGUGGUGGGAGGUCUUGAGUACUCCCCGGGGACCCUGCACAUAUACUCGGACAGCGCCCUCACCUUGCCCGCCAUCAUCGGCAUUGGGGCUGGCGGUGGGGUGCUCCUCAUUGCCAUCAUCGCCGUGCUUAUCGCCUACAAGCGCAAGACCCGCGAUGCCGACCGCACGCUCAAGCUCCUGCAGUUGCAGAUGGACAACCUGGAGUCCCGCGUGGCCCUGGAGUGCAAGGAAGCCUUUGCUGAGCUUCAGACUGACAUUCAGGAGCUCACCAACGACAUGGAUGGUGUGAAGAUCCCCUUCCUGGAGUACCGCACUUAUACCAUGAGAGUCAUGUUCCCGGGCAUCGAGGAGCAUCCUGUCUUGAAGGAGCUUGACGCCCCAGCCAAUGUGGAAAAGGCCCUGAGACUCUUCAGCCAGCUGCUGCACAACAAAAUGUUCCUUCUGACCUUCAUCCAUACACUGGAGGCCCAGCGCUCGUUCUCCAUGCGCGAUCGUGGCAAUGUGGCCUCCCUCCUGAUGGCGGCGCUGCAGGAGCGCAUGGAGUACGCCACCGUGGUGCUGAAGCAGCUGCUGGCCGACCUCAUUGAGAAGAACCUGGAGAACCGCAACCACCCCAAACUGCUGCUGAGGAGGACGGAAUCAGUUGCCGAGAAGAUGCUCACCAACUGGUUCACAUUUCUGCUCCACCGGUUCCUAAAGGAGUGUGCUGGAGAGCCCCUGUUCAUGUUAUACUGUGCCAUCAAGCAGCAGAUGGAGAAGGGCCCCAUCGACGCCAUCACCGGCGAAGCCCGCUACUCCCUGAGUGAGGACAAGCUCAUCCGCCAGCAGAUCGACUACAAGCAGCUGACUCUGAUGUGCAUCCCCCCUGAGGGAGAGGCCGGCACAGAGAUCCCAGUUAAGGUGCUCAACUGCGACACCGUGAUGCAGGUGAAGGACAAGCUGCUGGAUGCUGUGUACAAGGGCAUCCCUUAUUCGCAGAGACCCCAGGCAGAGGACAUGGACUUGGAGUGGCGUCAGGGGCGACUCACCCGAAUUAUUCUCCAGGACGAGGACAUCACUACCAAGAUCGAGAGCGACUGGAAGCGGCUCAACACAUUGGCUCAUUACCAGGUGACCGACGGCUCCCUGGUAGCACUGGUCCAGAAACAGAUCUUGGUCUACCACAUCGCCAACUCCUUCACCUUCACUCGCUCCCUGAGCAGAUACGAGAGUCUGCUGAGGACUUCAAGCAGCCCUGACAGUCUGCGAUCCCGCGCCCCCAUGAUCACCCCCGACCAAGAGACGGGCACCAAGCUCUGGCACCUGGUCAAGAAUCACGAGCACGCCGACCAACGAGAGGGCGACCGGGGCAGCAAGAUGGUGUCCGAGAUCUACCUCACCCGCCUGCUGGCAACCAAGGGGACUCUGCAGAAGUUCGUGGACGACCUCUUUGAGACCGUGUUCAGCACCGCCCACCGCGGCAGUGCCCUGCCCCUGGCCAUCAAGUACAUGUUCGACUUCCUGGACGAGCAGGCGGACCGCAGGCAGAUCAGCGAUCCCGACGUUCGCCACACUUGGAAGAGCAACUGCUUGCCCCUCCGUUUCUGGGUGAACGUGAUCAAGAAUCCGCAGUUUGUUUUCGAUAUCCACAAGAGCAGCAUCACGGACGCUUGCCUGUCAGUGGUGGCCCAGACCUUCAUGGACUCGUGCUCAACCUCGGAGCACCGACUGGGCAAGGACUCGCCCUCCAACAAGCUCCUGUAUGCCAAGGACAUCCCCAACUACAAGAGCUGGGUGGAGCGCUAUUACCGGGACAUUAGCAAGAUGCCCAGCAUCAGUGACCAGGACAUGGAUGCGUACCUUGUGGAGCAAUCCCGCCUCCAUGCGAAUGAGUUCAACACCCUGAGUGCCCUAAAUGAGCUCUACUUCUACAUCAACAAGUACAAGGAGGAGAUCUUGACGGCUCUGGACCGGGACGGAUACUGCCGCAAACACAAACUGAGGCACAAGCUGGAGCAAGCCAUCAACCUGAUGUCAGGCAGCAGCUGAGGCGCGCGGCCAGGAGCAGGCUGCUAGGGAGGGGGGGGGAGGGCAGGGAUGUGCAGGGCGCUUGCUGAACUGGCUUUUGUUUGGACAUCCACGGUGUGUGCUGAACGGGGUGGAUGUGAAACACUGGACAAUCAACACCGAGGACCAGAGCACAGCUAAAAGAGCCCUCUGUUCAUGGACCACUCUCUGGCCCCUAGACUCAAAUCUGCCAUGCCAGGGAGACCAAUACAGUUUCAUUUUGUUUUUGUAUUUUUUUUUUUUUUUUUGUGUUUGUUUUUUUUGUUUUUCUUCUCCGCACUGGCUUUUUUCAUUCAAAGACUGAAGCAUCUGCCUAAUCUUAUGGAUGUGGACUGCUAUGUAUUUUACGAGAUACAUUCCAUGAAAGGCCUAUAUGCAGUUGCCUUGGAAACUGUGCUGAAUUGCCAAGCUAGUGCCAUGGAAAGAAUGGUUUUGGUCUGAGAUAAUAAUGAAAAUGAUAAUUAUCGUGAUAACCGUAAUAAAAUAAGACAGAGGUUCUCAGCGGACGUCCCAGAGCAGACUGUGGAUUAGGCAUUUUAUCUGGAAAAAGAUGGACAUUGCAGAAGUUUUAAAAUAGGAGCUGAUACGAGGACUCCGAGGCCUUCUGCUCUUGCGUAGGCAGGGAGGGCACAGUUGCUCACACAAAGGUACCGAAUCAACAGUUGAGACCAAAUUGUGGGAUCACCGGUGGCCUGGCGUGAGAUUAAAUUUGCUGAAGGGAGUACAGGAGCUGGGCAUGAGGGCAGGGGUCUUGCCCAGCUGACAGCUCCUCACCUGUCCCAUACCAUAGACCUAAAAAGCGCCUUUUUAUUUUAUUUUUUUACUUGAAUUUGGGGCCAAAACGGACUCAGCGUAGGAAGGUAGCGCUGAGCUACUCUGAUAGGAAGGUAAGCCACAGUCCUAAAUUGCUCACCUUUCUACUGCAUCCCCACAGGAAUUGAACGCCCUCUGAAAAGGGCCUCCCCCCCCCCCGACUGGCCACCUAAGCGUGCCCACGUUCCUGUGUUUUGUACCACUGUGUAUCCGAAAGGGUUAGACGAUUCCACAUCCCACGGACAGUGUGCGUUGAUGUUGUGGAAAGCACACCCAUUUUACAGAUGUCAGGCAUCCCAAAUUGAGUUGAUCCAUUGAGAGCAAUAAGUCUUGUUCGACGGCAAGCCAUGACUGAGAGGUCCUCGCAAGCUCUGCUGUUAAGCCAACUCCUUCUCAACGAGAUGUACCGCAGCUCCAGGUGUUUGUUCCAGUACCCAGUGUGGCUACCUUUCACUUCAUUGUGUGUGAAGUUACUGUAACGAAAAAAAGCAGCAGCCUUUAUGUGUGUGAUACUGUAUGACACCAAGCACAAAACGGAACAGAUCGAAAACUGCAUUUCUGUUAUGUUGAACUCUACCUUUCCGCCGUAGCCGCAGAUGCUGUGACUACUGGUUCGCGGGCUCUCCAGGACCGUCGGCCGCCAGCUUUCCGUAAAGUUCUGCACACGGACAUGAGAACGUACAACGUGGUGUCGUCAUUUCGGUCAUCAUUUCGGUUUCAUGUCGGUCCAAUCGAGUGUGGAUUUUACAUGACGAAAAAGUGGACUGUGGAAGCUAUUGCGAAAUAUCUUUUGGGAAAGACAGUUGGUUUAACGUGUAAUUUUUGUAACGAAUCAGGAGUCCCGUGCAGCCGGGUUCCGAUUCAGGCUGUGAUGCCGUCCCUCUUCGACGACUGUUUCCAUGGCAGCGGUGCUCCCUUGCGUUGCCGUGGUCCAUGUGGAGUCCUGGACCACAGGCUCGGGAGCCUCUGCAUCAGUUCUGUUCGGGGGAACGCACACAGGAAGGAAUUAUGGGUGAAACAAGCCUGAAAAUAUUUGUCCUUUUGUUUAGAUGUGGUUCUGAGUUCUGGCCUUACUGAGGAUGAAGUAUUUAUUGUGUUGUAUUUAUUAUGUAUUUAUUUGUAUAACAAUAGAAUGUACAUUGUUUCAGAACAGUGUGCAGCAUUGAUGGCUAAGCAUAGUCUCAUACUUGAACUCUUGUUUUAUCAUAUAUGAAGGCUAAGCAACACAACCAGAGCAUUUAACAUGAUGAUGAUGAUUAUGAUUCUGGGCAUCAGAUUCAUAUGCAGCGUUCACCUGCGUUUUCAAAUAUCCAUAAAGUAGGUGAUGAAAGACUUGGAGAGCGGGAGGGAGAACACGAGAUAUGUAUUUGUUCGGAAGAAAAUUGAGUUGCGCUCAGCUGAGCCUUAAGUGUGUUCCACCACAACAAAGUCACAGGCAGAGAGUAAGAAUGUGAUUUGGAAGUUAAUCCCACUGCCCUCCCCAAUUCACACUGCGGUUGACAUUAACUGACGACACUGUGAAAUCGCAGCCCCGCAAUAUGUUUAAUCCACCACUGGCGUAUUAACUUGCGAAUGCUCAAAAAUAAACCUGUCUGAUUGCAAUCAGACUUAAUUGUCUGCAAUAUGACACAACUGCUCCCAGUAAAUCUAGAUGGAUUUCACCUGUUGUUCCUCAUGUGACCGCUGUAACUGGGAAACCACAGGUGUCUUUCCUUCGGUGUUCACAGGCAAAUUCCAUACAUGUCACAAACGUAAUUACAAAUGCAGCAUUCUGUACGGCCGGGGAUGCAUUCUAUUCUCGCUCAUUUAUUAUUGAGACCAGACCCUUGUAAUGCAUUACAGUAACUCAAAAAAAAAAACAAAAAUUGUGUUUGCUUGGGAAGUUGGUGGUGCAACUAAUAUUGCGCCCUUGGCUCGGCGCGUGCAAUCCGACGUGCGUUUGGUCUCCUAAAAAAUUUGAAAUACAGGCUUGAGGAGCGGCGAGCUGUUGCAGUAGUAUAUCUGUUAUCGGUGUAUUUAAAUGACCUGAUUAAAUAGCAAAAAAAAUAGGUGAGGAUCGUCCUGCAGCGGUGGAUUUUUAUAGACAGGUUAACUUUGUUGACAUUUAAUGUAGAGCUGUAUCACCCCAAUCAAUGGAGGCUAAUUGGACUCGCAUAUCAGAUCUCUCCCAGAAAGAUUGCAGACCUCUUCUCCCACCAUCUCUUAUCACGUUACACAUUACAUCUAAUUAAAUCAACACGGCACUAAAGCCAUCUCUCCACAUUUCUAGUGUGUGAGCCCUGUGUAGGAACCUUAGUCAAACCUUUGAACAUGUGUUGGCUUUAACACAGCUUCUGGGGACAAGAUAUUUGCAAAUAGAUUGUGGAGCUUAUUAAUAUUUAAAGAAAAGCAGCAGGGAUAAUCAUUUAGGAUUUUUUUUUUUUUUUUAAUGUU